GAAGGCCCAUUUUGCGAUUCUUCCUCCACCAUGGCGCACGGACCGACGGACUACGAGCAUGCGUCAAUUGACAAGCUCAACUCGAUGAUCGACUCGACGGCCGACACGAUUCGCGAGCUUCGCGCGGACAAGUCCAAGAUGGCCGAAGUUGCUCGUCACGUCAAGACUCUCGUGACCUUGCGCCGCCUCGUCAAGGAAGCCCAAGAGAAGGCCGCUGAGAACCAGCUCGUAGCUGACGAGCUGCCGGUAGAAUCGAAGGAAUCCUCUGCAACAGUGCCCUCCGUCGGAACGGAUGACAACCAGGCCGAGUCUAGCGGCCACCUCGACGCUGCUGUAGCUGUAUUGAACGAUGAGAAGAAAAAGCUGGAAGCGUCGCUUGAAGCUGCGAAGAAGUCGCACCUCGCGCACACUACCGCUUUGGAAGAUGAAAAGAAGAAGCUUCAGGCGUCUUUGAAGGAGGCGAAGGAGGCCCACGCCACCGCCGUCGCCGCACUGCACAAGAACACACAAGAUCUUGAAGCUACUUUGGCCGAGCUCACCAGCGCAAAAGAAGGCGCAUCCUCGGCCAACAACGACGACCAUAGUCAGCGCCUCGCGGCAGAGCUCGAAGUUGUUUCUGCCAAGCUUGUCUCUCUCGAGACGUCGUACAAGAGCGUCCAGGAUGAGCUUUCGCGCGAGUCGCAACGCUAUGCGAUCGAGCUGGAGACGGCCAACAACUUUCACAAGCGCUUCCAGAACGAUCUCAAGAAGGUGACGCAAGAACGACAAGACCUCGAGAAGAGCUUGAAGACGGCGGCUGACGACCACGCAUUUGCCAUCCAAGCUCUUGAGGACUCACUCGCCGCGAGCCGCGCAGAGCUUGAGAAGGAGUCGCAGGGCUUUUUCCUUCUCAAGGCCUCGGAGGCAGAUCUCAAGAGACAGCUCGAGACUCUCGAGAUGUCGCUGCAGGAGCGCCUUGCAGCGGGCAACAAGGCCACAGAAGAGCUUGCAGUGGUUCGACGCCAACUCAGUCAGACUGAUAGCCUGCUUACGCAAGCGAAUCAAGAGCUCGACCGCGAAAUGAAACGCUGGGCCAAGGACCUUGAAGAUGAGAAGUGCGCUCACUUGCGUGCCCAAGAAGAGCUGCGCAAAGUUGUGGACGCCAAAGCCGACAUCAUCGCAAAGCUCAAGAGCUCGAUGACGGAAGUUGAUACGCUGCGUGCUGCUCUGUCCUCGGCGCUCGCAACUGAAAAGGAAUCAAGCGAUGUCAUUGUGAAGCUGCGGGCUGAAGGUGAGACAAGCCAAAGCCUUUUGGCCUCUCUUGCGGCCGACUUUCAGGCCCAGAAGACGGACCUCGAGCAGUUGAAGGCGACUACCGAGACGUUGAUGUCGGACAAGCAUCAACUCCUCGUGGAUCUCGACAAUGCCAAGGCCGAAGUCGUCAACUUGCUGGAGAUGCGCACGACGGAACGGUCGGUCGCUGAAAGCAACGAAAAGCUGCUGUGCGAGACGCAAGCGGCGUCCAAGGUGCUCGCUACGAAGCUCGAGGCCCUUGAAUCCACCCACACGGCCAUCGUGGCAGACAAAACGGCGCUCGAACAUUCUAUCACGGUCCUCAAAGAAGAGAAGGCGAGUCUUGUCGAAGCCGCCUCGUUGAGUACUGCCGAGCUUGUCCGUUUGGAGUCGGUCGCUGCGUCUUCGACGUCAGAGGUUGUGUCGCUCAAGGUGGAACUCACCAACGUCACGGAUGACUGCCGUGCGCUGAAGCAGUCGCAAGUUGCAUCUGCUGCAGAGCACACGGCAGCCCAAGCGCGGCUUGAGGCAGACCUCGCUGCGGAGAAAGCACGCUCUGCUGCCGCCAAGAAGGCCGCCGAUCAUGCCACGGUCUUGCGCAAGCUCGCAGAGGAGUCGGCAAGCGGGAUCAAGAACAAGGUUGCGACGCUUGAAGCGGACGUGAAGCAGAAGGAAGUCGAAGCCAAGGAACUGAAGCAGGCAAGUGCGGCGCUGCGCAAGGAAGUUGCGGUGUUGACAGUUGCGAACGACAAGCUGGCGGCCGAGUCGAAGCAGGCGUUGGCCGAAGCCGAACGGCUGCACGCAGCCACGGACGCGAUCAAGGAAGAGUGGAUCCGCUUUCGCAAGGAAAACGGCAAGCUUUCCGAGACGAUUGCCGAGCUGCGCAAGGCGCGCACGGUCGUAGCCGAGGAAACCAAGACGCGUGAACUCCCAGGCGCGAGCACUGCGACGGCGCAGUCGAUGGAACAACAACGCAACCUGCUCAUCGCCUUUAUCGUCGUCGUUUUCAUCAGCUGGACCAUGAAGCAAGUUAUGUUCUAGACGCCAUUAAAGGGUUUCAAUAGAAUGACCAAAGUUGUACAAUGAAA